CAGGGGGUCCAGAGCCCAAGAGAUAGUUGCUAUUCGUGCUCAUUGUCGUUGGGACGACGCCACGGUUGUUGUCUCCUCCACUGCGGAUCCUCAGUUGCUGAUCUUCUAGCGUUGCGAGCAGAGCAAACAGAACAUAUCCCAACUGACAGCACGCACAAAGCAUGGGGUGGAGCCGCAAGUUAGCCUCAAGGUGUAUCCACCUGCAGAGGGCGAAGAGCACCGCAGCAACGACCUUCAGGGAAGCUGAGCAGACUCUGGGCAUCAUUGGAGUGCCCUUUGCCAAGGGGCAGGGUAAACAGGGAGUGGAACUGGCGCCGGAUCUCCUCCGGCAGAGCAGUUUGCGUCAGGUCCUGCAGAGCAGUCAUGAUGGCCUGGUGAUACGGGACUACGGAAACCUGCAGUACGCCGUGGACGAGCCCCUUCUUCAGCAGCAGCGAGUCCACUAUCACCACAUCCGCAACUACGCGGACUUCAUGGCCUGCAAUCGAGCUUUGAUUGAGCAGGUGAAGCUAAUGCUCUCGGAGAACUCGCAGUUUCUGACCAUUGGCGGCGAUCAUGCGAUCGGUUUCGGCUCUGUGGCCGGACACCUGCAGCACACUCCGAAUUUGUCGCUGGUCUGGAUCGACGCUCAUGCCGACAUCAAUCUGCACAGCACUUCGCAGUCGGGCAACAUUCACGGGAUGCCCGUGUCCUUUCUGCUGGAGCAGCUCCGAACCACCUGGCAGCACGCCGGCCUCCAGGACAUCGCGCCCAACUGUUUGCCCAAGGAUCAGUUGGUUUACAUCGGACUGCGGGACAUUGACCCCUACGAGGCAUUCAUACUGAACAAAGUCGGGAUACGCUACUAUGCGAUGGAUACCAUCGACCGGGUGGGGGUGCCAAAGAUCAUCGAAAUGACACUGGACGCCCUGAAUCCACAGAACAAGAUUCACGUAAGCUUCGACAUCGACGCCCUGGAUAGUAAUGUGGCGCCCAGCACGGGAACUGCCGUGCGUGGCGGCCUAACUCUACGCGAGGGCAUCAGCAUCGUGGAGGCACUGAGGGACACUAAGCGGGUGCAGGGCGUCGACCUAGUGGAGAUCAAUCCAAAGCUGGGCAGCGAGCGUGACGUGCGCACCACCGUAGAGUCCGGCCUGGAGAUCCUGAAGAGCAUGUUUGGCUACCGGCGUUCUGGGAACUGGAGUAACAUCGACACCGGCAUCCUGGGCCGCGAUUAAAGAGCACUACACCAGCUUGAACUUAUCAAUAUUUAUGUACAACAUUCUCGCCAUAUUUGUGUGUGCUUCAUUUUUUUGUAUCUUAAUGGAAUAAAAAUAUUAGUUUAGAGAGA